CAAGGGACUGGACCUCCGGCAGCGGCGAUUAGCGUAUUAAGGAGAGGCGGGAGCGGCGAUUAUUCUCCUGGGAUUCCCUUUCAAACGGGUACCUCCGGCUCUUUCAUCUCCCAAAGGAGCGUUUGGCUCGGAAAGGCAGACAGCCGCCGGUGUAGCAGGUGCAGAGUAGGCCGGCUUCCAUUGGCUCAGGCGGCUUCUCCCCCUUGCCCGGCACCUUCCAGUUGUCUUCUUCCCGGCUUGCCGCAGGUAGCGUUAUUAUGUAUCAGAGUCCCGCUAGGUCCCUGUGUUCGGCCCUCGCUAACCUCUGCUGCCCGCCUUGUUCCGCCACGUCCUCGACCCGGCUGCUCCGGUCCCCUGGUUCAGUGAAGAGAGCCCUCUCCCCGCCAGCCCUCCUGGCCUCCUCCGCCUCGACUGCCGCCGGCCUCCCUGCUCGCUGCGGCUGUUCUCCCGCAGCAAGCUCAGGUGCGGCAAGUUCGCCACCAGUGUAUCCCAUGGGCAACAGUACAAGCAGGCUGUAUAGCGCGCUUGCAAAAACUUUAAGCAGUGGUGCUUCUUCCAAACAUCAAGAGUAUCUGGAGCAGACCAAUCCUGACCUUUUGGAUCCUAUAGAUCCUAAGGAUCUGCUUGAAGAAUGCCAGAUUGUUCUUCAGAAACGUCCUGCCCGACUCCAGAGAGAUUUUGUUGACCUGAGGACCAAUUUUGCUGCAAGCCACCGAUCCAUCAGAGUCAUGCAGUGGAACAUACUUGCCCAAGCUCUUGGAGAAGGGAAGGACAACUUUAUUCAGUGUCCUAAGGAAGCUCUACAAUGGGAAGAAAGGAAGUGUCUAAUUUUAGAAGAAAUCCUUGCCUAUCAACCAGAUAUUAUGUGCCUUCAGGAGGUGGACCACUACUUUGAUACCUUUCAUCCAUUACUUAGUAGAAUGGGUUACCAAGGUACUUUCUUCCCAAAACCAUGGUCUCCCUGUUUAGAUGUUGAGUGUAACAAUGGACCAGAUGGCUGCGCCCUUUUCUUCCUUAAAGACAGAUUUACUCUCAUCAACAGCACCAACAUCAGGUUGACUGCCAUGAAGCUCAAAACCAACCAAGUGGCUAUAGCUCAAAUACUGAAAUGUAAUGAAACUGGCAAACUCUUCUGUGUUGCUGUGACUCAUCUGAAAGCUCGCCACGGCUGGGAGAGAUUUCGAUCUGCCCAAGGGGCUGACCUUCUUGAGAACCUAAAACAGAUCACCCAAGAGGCAGAGAUUCCUCUCAUUGUCUGUGGCGACUUCAAUGCUGAGCCUACUGAAGAAGUGUACAAGGAGUUCUCCAACUCCAGUCUGAAUCUGAACAGUGUUUAUAAACUCCUGAGCAGUGAUGGGUUGUCAGAGCCUCCAUAUACCACGUGGAAGAUCCGCCCCUCUGGAGAGUGCCGGCACACACUAGACUAUAUCUGGUAUUCACAACAUGCCUUAAAAGUAAAUGCUGCUCUCAAUCUUCUGACUGAGGAGCAAAUUGGACCGAACAGACUGCCAUCCUUCAAUUACCCUUCAGACCAUCUGUCUUUAGUAUGUGACUUCACUUUUAAUGAAGACCCUGACCGGCUUUUAUAGUUAGUUGUGGUUUAGAGAGUUGUGCACGUAUUAUUUUUUAAAAUGUACUGUUUAUGCAGCCAGUGGCCUUUUAAAACGGGGCCCUGAAAACUUUGGGGGAAAAGGGGUAUUUAUGAAUGGAGAACUAAUGAUUUAUUUUCACCUGUAACCUCAAAAGAUGUUUGUCAUUAACACCUAGUAAAAAAUUAUCUCAUGCCAA